AUGUACACGUGCGUCAGCGGUCAAAUAUUACUAUGCGAGGCUCAUCCGAACGUCAAACUAUCCAAAGACAUCUUCUACAGCUUGAUUGUCAAGUCUUCAGGCAGUGCCACUCGGCUAAUACGUCUCCUGAUGAAAAGUUUCUUCACUCAAGAUGAACUAGCCGCUUCAUCUCUGUCCGGUGAGGGAAUUUACAAACAACGUCUGGAACCGAGUGUCACAGAGGCGAUUAAAAUCUUCAUCCGACGUCGACAUCCACAACUAAAGACUGGUUCGAUCAAUCUGUGCAUGACAGACGUCUGCGUCCAAGCUCGUCGGGUAGCAAACAACCAACGCAGUCGUCAACAUCCAAUCCGAUUAACCAACUUCUCGAGCACAAACAACUCAAACUCUGGUGUCCCAUCUCCCGAGCACAGUACGGAGUCAUCCGGCCCAAUCGGUUGCAAUGUUCUUCUCUUGAAAGAUCGGACAACAACCCCAUCUGCAGCCCCAUGCACCACCGGAUCGACUGUUGAUUUGUCUAUCUCCACGGGAAUGGAUGUGAAUCCUCUGUCCAGUUCACAGGCUUCUGGUGCUGCUCUUAUGGACAUGAGUGCGUGGAAUAAAACCGGCUUAGCAGAAUCGCCGAGUUCCGUGAUGAGAUUUUCACCGCAAGAUUGGAUAAACGAGAGAAUGGUUAACUCUACAGCAACUUUGGAUGCAAUGGAGUCCCGACAAAUGGAGAUGAGCACGCCAAGAGACCACGAUUCGAUGCCUGAAGCUAAAAGCUCGCCACAAAUGACUCUCAAGACAAUCACAACGAAUUCAGAUGAGAUUGAAGAAUCCCGAUAG